CGUUUCUGCUAAAUAGCGUUUCUACCACUUGGAACAAACGACUGCUAAAUGGCGCAAAAAUGUCUGAAUAAACGAACAAGUUAUUUUAUUUUCUGUUUGCUUAUCUGUUUCUAAUGGCUGCUUCAAAGGCAAAUUCGCUCAUAUUUUAAGGAAAAAUCACGCUCCAAAAAAAGAAGUCUUUUGUUUCGUGUCGUUUCCGACCGAAAAGACACAUGGUAUUUGGCCAGAAAAACUGAUUCGUCUGGUCUCAAAAUUUUCUUUUGAAGCGAAAUAUCUCGAAGGCUGGUACUCGUGCAAAGUUGAAUUCUCAGGUAAUCUUGAAUUCAGGCGUGCUGUAGUAGGAGUCUUGCGUUAGAUGGAUAUGGACAGCUAUCAACCUUCGUACGAUGUUCAUACAAGACUGCAAUGGAAACUUGUUUUUUUCAGGGACACAUGAUGAAUGUAGAAAUUUUCAAAUAGAAUAUGAACGUACAAAUGUAGCAAAAGAAUGGACAUCAACGGAGACUGAAAUAAGUGGCAGUAGUGAGUUAGAACAAGAUGCUGUUAAUUCCGGUGCUGAUGACCAUCAACCCUCAGUCGUAAAACUGAAACAUGAAACAACAGUCGCUCCUCCCAAAACAGCAACAAGAGCUGCAUCAUCAUCUGAAUGUCUUCUGUCACCAUCAUCCAAAAUUGUUUUGGAUGAAUCUAAUCGCGAUCGAGGUACUGAGAUUAUGAAAGAAAUCUCAGAUCUGAAAAUGAUGAUUUCAAAAGUUUACGCAAUCCAAAAAAGGAGCAACAGAAAAGAACUAACAUAUUCUCUUACACCAUCAAUCCAGUUCAGUGACGAUGAAGAUAGUGGUCAACUAAGUGAUAUUGAAGUUAUUGAUGGCUAUUCAACGUCGUCGUCAUCCGUUGAUAGUGAUGAAGAUGAGCAAAUGUUAAAUGAAUUAUUGUAUAAUGUUAAAUAUGAUAGUGAUAAUCGUCCCGUUCAUGAAUAUACUCAGUAUAGUGUUAGUGAAUUAUCGAUCGAAUUACUAAACUUUUUUCGAGCAUCCAGAUUACCUGAAAACUUAAGAAAACAGUUACUAAAACUAGUCUCCAAAUACAUGCCAGUACCAAACAACAUUCUGUUAUCAACAUCUGAAAUUCUUUGUAGUGCAGGACUUCAGAAAUUUUACUCAAAUGAUCGUUUGUGUUGCUUUUGCUUUGAAAAGGUAGUUAGCGGAAAAUGUGUAAACACAUCAUGUAAACAUAGUAACGAAAAAUUAUUAUCAGAUGAGUCUGUGAAUUUUAUACAAUUUGAUAUGGAAUUCCAAGUUAAAGUUUUAUGUGAACAAAAUAUUUUAUUGUUAAAACGUUAUCAGUCGGGGGGCGAGGGAUUUAAAGGUGUUUAUUCUCAUGAUGGACACUGCACCACGUAUCCAAAUGAUUUGAACGCUGAAGUUCGGACUCAUAAAGUUUAUGAUCGAUACGCAAAUAGUGCCAUCACUCACUCACAUAAUCGAGAUGAAACAGCCGGUAUCAAAGGCGUAUCUGCUUUUCGCCAAGUUCUUGAUGUUCCGUUACCUGAUGCGAUCGAAAUUGACGGCAUGUACACGGUUUUUUUGUGUCAUGGCAAAAAAUUAAUGAAACUCAUUCAAUCAUCCAUGACAAAAGAAGAUAUAAAUCGCGUAUCACAAAAACUUCGCCAUCUUUUGUAUAUUCACGAUAUACAAAGACGACCACGUGGCUUCGAUGCUGUCCACAAAUGGAAGGCCAGUGAAGUAAGAGUAUUUAUUUUCUACAUUGGUCUUCCAUUAUUGUGUACAGCAGCCCCAGAGGAAAUUGUCGGGGAUUUUGCUAUGUACGUUGUUAUACAACGUCUUUUGCAUGAUAAUUGGGUUAAAGAUCCAAACAGAGCCCGUGCUCUUUCAUCAUUAAUUAAACUCUACAUCGAAAAUUUGAAUGAUAA